UAGAAUUUUUUACACAUAAAAUUACAUAUUAUGUACAUAUCACCUCCCACUUUUCUCAUCGAGGCGAGUCACCUAAUAGAUGAGCGCAUAGUCUAAGGCGGACGCCUAAUAGAGCUUGGCCUUGGUGGAAAAGAGAGAAAAAUAUAAUUUGAUUUUAAAUUUUCAUUUCAGAUAAGGUGAACCAAAGUGCGGUGGACAUCGGCCAUGGCUCUACGCGUCAAUUGCUUCACUCUUUCUUCCGCUCUACCAAAGAUAGAGUUAAGAGCUGGAAAUUCACGGAGCCCAAGCCUCAGUGUUAACUCGCAGAUGAUGGUUCAAAUGCGAAAGGAGGGUGGUGGAAGAAGAAUCUGGAGGCGAAGGAAAAUGACAAAAAAGGACGAAUCUUUGCCCUACAGAAUGGAGCGCAUUCCAUUUCUCGAGGAACAGGUGAGGAAGAUAAAGGAUGAUGGAAAGCUUUUGCAAUUGGACAUAGAGAGGUUACUGUUAUCAGAAGAUAAUAGGUUUGACUUUGUGAAUGAGAUAGCAGCUGAGGCCAAUGCUUAUGUUGAGAGCAACAUAGAUGAGUAUGGAGGUGAGAAGAAAGCCAUUCUUCAUGUUUUGAGUAAUCGAGUGAAUGAUGUUGGAUUUUACCGUCCAGAUGCGUACGCCGAGUCUGAUCCCUUCAAACCUGGACCUCAUUAUUUAAAAGAGUCUUUUACAUAAGUCUAGAUAAAAUUGUUAAGAUGAGAGAUGUUACAUUAGGGAUAAAAAUUUGCUUCUCUGCUUCACUUAUAGCACAAUUGAUGUCUUCAUGUAUUUCUAAAUUAGCGGCUGUUGUAUGUAUGCAUGCAAAUCAAAGUCAUUAAAAGCACGCGGAAAUAUAAUAACUUGUGUAUGGAGAAAUUAAGGGAGACAUGAAAUUCCACAUUCGUGUUUUGCAA